AUGGCGGAUUAUCCUCAACUUGAGCGAGGAGGACAGCAGGAUCAGUACUUACCAGCACCGCCAACUCGUUCGGCCCUCCCUGCACCCCCUACGACAUCUACACCAUCAGGGAGAGGACGACCACCGGCUAGGCAGCAGCAGCAGCAGACUUUGACUCAGGGGCGAGCAUUUGCUCUUACUCACCAGACAACACCAGAGCAUCCGAACUUUGUUGGGGGUACGUUCCUUGUUUCAAAUUGUUGGGCUAGAGUGUUAUUUGAUUCGGGUGCUACUAGUUCCUUUAUUACAUCUUCAUUUGCAUUGGCUUUGGGGUUAGAGGUGAGACCGAUGAGGCGAACAAUAGUGGUAGACUCACCGUUCGGACAGUUCACCCGUAUUCAGGGCAAUUGCAUAUGCAUGUGUCGGUUUGGUGAUAUCGAGUUGACCGCUAAUUUGUAUGUUCUUGACUUCCAAGAUUUUGAUGUAAUCUUGGGGGUAGAUUGGUUGACAGAGCAAAAAGCAGUUUUAAACUUUUGGGAAAGGAGGAUUACAUUAAAUUCGCAUGGUGGGGUGGUGAUUCAAUUGAGGGGAUCGAGGGGUGUUCCUUGUCCAUAUUUUUUUGCCAACCCCUCCUACGCUGAUUGUUCAGUGGUGAGUUUGACUACUUCUACACCUAGUGGCAAGGUGAUUGCCCCGACACUUGUAGUGAAGGAGUUCAUGGAUGUUUUUCAUGAGGAUUUGCCAGGUCUACCUCCACGGAGGGAGAUAGAGUUUGUCAUAGAUUUGCUUCCAGAUACGAAGCCAAUUUUGCUUGCUCCGUAUCGGAUGGCUCCAGCAGAGUUGAGGGAGUUGAAGGUACAAUUGGAGGAUUUGGAGAAAAAGAAAUUUAUUAGACCGAGUGUUUCACCGUGGGGAGCACCGGUGUUAUUUGUGAAUAAGAAUGAUGACACAUUGCAUAUGUGGUGCAUUGAUUAUCGAUAG